AUGGUAGAUCCUAAAAAUCAGAAGAAUGUCAAAUCUCUUGAACUGGCUUUGGUUGAUGCUCAGGGAUCCAAGAUACAGGCUACUAUACCUGCCAGGAUAAUGAAAGAUUUUAUUAAAUACUUUCAAGUAGAGGGCUGUGUUAGGAGGCUAAAACGUUUUGAUCAUGGGCUUAAUAUAAGUGGAGGAUACCGUUGCUCAAAGCAAGAGUACAAGAUUGUGUUCCGACCUCACACAUUGGUUGAAUCAGUUGUUGAAUUUGAUAUCUCUAAUUGUGUUUUUGAAUUCACUCCGUUAGCAGAAAUCACCAAUUUCGUUGCAAACUUUGACUACUGUUGUGAUUUGGUAGGACACAUUAUUGGUUACAGUGAUCCUAUUGUUGAUAAUGGUAAGAAGAUGAAUUUUGUUGAAAGAGAAGAUGAAAGAGCUGAUAGGUUGAAAGUGACACUCUGGGAUGAACAUGCUGAUCGUGUUCUAAACAUUAUGAAUAAUAAUCCUCACUAUCCUGUGGUACUCAUUGUACAAUACGUGAAAUGCAAAAAGUACUAUUGUUACACCAAUUAUGAGGAUUUCGUAAAGGAUGCAGAGACGACGGCACUGGCUGGAAUUGAAGAAUUGGAUCAGGUACCAGAAUUGGUACACUACACUAUAGGACAGACAGGCACCAAAGGGUACCCUGACAUUCUGGAAGAGAUUGUGGAUAAAAUGUGUCUCUUUAGGCUUGAUGUUUCCGACUAUAUAAUUCGGAACAAUACCAUUGAGAUAUCAGUUGCAAGGGUUACAACUGAUGCAGAGGUUAUAAAGAAGUACCUAGAUGAUGUUUCUGAUGAUCAAGAAAUUUAUCCAGAGUUAAGUGCUGAAUUCUAUCGCAAUUUAACCCCUAUGUCUGACAGCAUAGCUAAGACUGCCAUUUCAAUAGUUUCUGGAAGCUUAUGUAAUUUACAAUUGGAUAUAGAUAGUGUUCAAGCAGGCAAAUGUGAUGUCAAAUUACUUGGCUGCAAGGUUCCUGAGAAAGCAGAUAUUGGACAAGAAAAUGCAUAG